AUGGAAUUUAAAACUCCAGUUCGUCCAUUAUCUAAUGAACAGUUCCGUUCUCUAAGUGAGAAGAUAAGGAAAGAAUCGCCAGGGUUAUAUAGAAAGAAUAUUUUAACAGAUCCAAUUAAAGCUAACUACAAGAAAUUUGAUAAUGGUCCAGAUCAUGAGGAAAAAACACAAUCAAUUUUUAGUAAUGUAAAAGUUGAUGACAAUAUAUUCAAUUCAGUGAAAAACACAGCGGUUUCGAACAAUUUCAAUGUAGAAUCCUAUUUGAAUACUAUAAGUCAAAAUGAAAAGAAUAAACCAUUAGAUGAUGACCAGCUGACUGUAAAUAACACAAUAUUUGGAAAAACUGGCCUUGAAUCAAAAGAUGUUGAAAACAAAACUGAUGGUCGUAUUUAUGAUAAUAGUUCUGUAGAUAAUGAUAUUACUGUUAAUAGUAGAAUAAUUGGAAACUAUGAAAAUCCCAUUUUAACAAAACUUUCAGAAAGAACAGUAAAUAAAGAAGUUGAAUUUCAAAAAAUAAUCACAAAUAUAUUAUUUUAUUUUAUUUUAAAUUUGCUUAAAAAAUCAACUGUAUUCUUUGUAAGUUAUACAACAAUGGGACAAAGUUUAACUAGUUUAGUGACAAAUUUUAUUAUGAAUAACAAAAACAGUUCUUUUUACUCUGAGUUUUCAAAGAUAUUAUCUAACAAUAGUAACUGGUUACUUUCAUGGCUAGAUUGUGCUGUUAACUGCAUUAUUGUUUUAAAUGUAACUUUAUCAAUAUGGAAUUUGACUAAAAAGACGGACAUUAAUGACCUUGAACUGUCAAGUAAACAAAUGGCUCUAUUGGGAUUGGAUAAUAAUAUUAACAAUUCAAAUUAUUUACUGCACAAACAAAAUAAUAAACCACAUUUAGUAACGAGAAAUAAAGUAUCAAGCAAUAAACAUGAUGUUGAAAUAGAACUUCCUAUUAAUCAAAGUAUAGAUAGUAAUUUUGAUGGAGGUAUAGUUAACCAAAAUACUCCAUAUCUAUUUAAAUCUCUACAAACUCCUUUAAAGAUGAAAGUUCAACAAAAUCAAUUACCACCUCAAAGCGUAAUCAGCGAUAAGUUUGCAACUGCAUUUAAUUACAAUCACAAUCUAGAUCUCAGAAAAGAAAUCUUGAGUAGAAAUAACUUCAACAGAAACGUAUCUUCUUUAUUUGGCGCAAAUAAAAUCGAUGACGAUAAGAAUCAGGGAAACAAUUCCUCAGGAUACACAUCUAGUAACAAAUAUGCGUAUUUGAUGAAUUCUCCCAGCCCAAGAAAAAGAUUUUAA